ACAAAAACAGCCCACAGAAACUGCAGUCACUGUAGGUGAGAUAAGAGGAAAAAUGACUUCAGUGAUCAGUCUGCUGACUUUGACGGUUCUCGCAGCAUUGGGAGUUCUCGUGGCCAUCCGGGGCUCCGAGGCGCUACCUAGACUGAGGGUUAGCCGAGCAGAGUAUCGACUGGAGAAAACCAAGAGGGCUUCCAAAGGGAUGGAGUCACAGGCUCACACAGAAAUGGUGAACCUCAUGCUGGACCCCAGUGUUUUGAUCACCUCUGACCCAGUACCCCAGCUGGCUAAUCACUCCUUGUCCCCAUGGAUGUACAGAACCACCCACGAUGACACACGAUUUCCUGUAGACAUCGCCCAGGCCAAGUGUUUGUUAGCUGGCUGUCGGAAUUCACUGGGGGAGGAAGUGAUGGAUGUGGAGUCCCGACCAAUUUUCCAGCAAAUCCUGGUCCUGAAGAGGGUGGAGGGGAACCAGAGGAAGUACUACUAUAAGCUGGAGAGCCAGACCAUCGAAGUGGGCUGUACUUGUGUCCGCCCAAACACAGUGCAUCAGAAGUAGCAGGCUCCAGCGAUGGAGGCUGCAGUACUUCAGAAUCUACCAGAGGUAGACAGUUCAGGUCCAGAAAGUACAAAUCCAGACCAA